GCGCAUGCGUUGACUCGUGGGCGCGUUACCAUGGUAGCCACGGUAGCCACAGUUGUUAGUUGCCAGCUCUAGCAGCCCAGAUCGCGUAGGAUUUCUACGUGGCACCGGUGCGGCUGCGGCUGUAAAGCAGUGGUCACCGCCUCCGAGAGCUCACCUCUAUGUGGAGAAGGGAGCACCCAGAGGAGGUCUUAGGGGUCCUUGCAUGGCUUCACAGAAGAUAGAAGUAGUGACCAAAGCAACGGGGUUCCGGCGCCGCCCCAAGAAGACCACUUACACCCCGGGGACCUGCGAGCUGCUCGAAGUGAUGAUGAAGGAAUCCAAACUGACGAACACCCAGCAGCGCCACAUCAUGGACAUCGUGAAAAGAGGAGAUGCUUUGCCCCUACAGUGCAGCCCAACAUCCAGCCAGAGGGUCUUACCUUCCAAGCAAACAGCCUCGCCCAUCUACCUGCCUCCCAUCCUGGCAGCCCAUCCCCACCUCCGGCCUGCCAGCCUGUGCCAAGCCAAUGGGGCCUACAGCCGGGAGCAGUUCAAGCCUCGAGCCACCAGAGAUCUGGAGAAGGAGAAGCGAAGACUCCAAAAUAUCUUUGCCACAGGGAAGGACCCAGAGGAACGGAAAAGAAAGGCCCGUCCUGGACGACAGCAGGCUCCAGCCCCCGAGCAGGACCGGUUUGAAGAGUGUAAGCCUCAGACGGGCCAGUCACGCUGGGGGUGGGGUAACGUGAGGAGGUGGCCCAGAACUGGAUGGAGCAGUCAGGAGACCACUGGACACCAACAAGUGAGAAACAUUCUCUUUUUUUUUUUUUUGAGACAGAGUCUCCCUCUGUCACUCAGGCUAGAGUACAGUGGCGUGAUCUGGGCGCACUGCAGCCUCCACCUCCCAGGUCCAAGUGAUUCUCCUGCCUCAGCUGGCUGAGUAGUCGGGAUUACAGGCUCGUGCCACCAUGCCCUAAUUUUUGUAUUUUUAGUAGAGACAGGGUUUCACCAUGUUGGCCAGACUGGUAUUGAACUCCUGAACUCAAGUGAUCCUCCCGCCUUGGCCUCCCAAAGUGCUGGGAUUACAAGCCACUGCGCCCAGCCUAGAACACUAUUUGACAAUAGAACAACUUCCUCUCCUUGAGAGAGGCAACCCGCUGCCCGCACCCCUCACGGGAGCCUGAUAGCCCUCUCCUUUGUCCAGUGGUGAAAGAAAUCCAGGAGAGGAAAGAAUUCCUGGCUGAUAUGGAGGCCCUGGGACAGGGCAAGCAGUACCGAGGAAUUAUCCUUGCUGAAAUCUCCCAGGUAGGAGAAACGACUGGGGAAGCCGGGAGAGGAGGGGCCCAGCACAAGUAGAAAUGGAAGCACAGGGGGCAGGGGGCAGGCUCUAGCUCACAGCUGUAGCAGCCCCUCAGGUUCCUACCCCUGAUGCACCCGCUUUUCCUGAUGCCCUCCGCAGAAACUCCGGGAAAUGGAAGACAUUGACCACAAGAGGAGUGAGGAACUUCGGAAGGCUCUUGCCACCACUUAAGCUGUCUCCAGGGGCAGGGCAGGGUAGCCCAAGCUUGACCACUGGAGUCCACUCCUAUCAAGCAGGGUCAGCCUCAGGUCAGCCCACCCUACCAGCCUUCAGCCACUUCAGAUGGUGGCACAGCACUGCCCUGCAGUACCCUGAGGCAUACUCAGCACCCUAGCCCCUACCCACGGGUGCCGUUGGAGCCUCUGAGAUCCACAGCCCCAUCCACAGAAAAGCAAGGCCCGAGCGUUCCUACUUGGACGUGUGUGUAACGGUAUCCACUGGGCCUGCUUCCCACCACCUCCGGCCUGCGGCCUGUUCAUUUAGUUUUUAAAUUCAGGAAUGAAUAUGAUUCUCUUCUUCCUGUUUUAGGAUUUACUUAUUUGCUUUCUUACCGCCUGAGGCAAAUACUCAACCACAACGAUGAACUGGGCAAUAAAGCGUAUUUAACUGGGUCAUCACAAGCACCAUUUGGUUUUCAGAGGGACAAGCUUAUUUGCUCAAGGCAUUAGAAUCUGUCGAGCACAGAUGGUUUCUAGCUGCCUGUUUGCAUAUUUCAAGUGGAAAUGGGAACCGACCUCGUGGGCACCCCGCAGCCAGGCGCUGUGGCAGCUGCUGAAUUCCACUGUCAAUGAUCUCAAUAAAUCUCUGCAAUGGUUCAUUCUC